AUGGAACAUCAAUCUGCUGCAAAGAAAGGAAAGACGAUAGCUUCGUAUUUUAAGAAAAGAGAUCAUCAAACUAGUGAAAGCACUUCAAUUCCCACCGUCCCUAAAAUACAACAUCAAUCUAGUGAAAGUCUUCCAAUUCUUAGUGUCCAAAUUCCUUCAAUUUCCACUUCUAGCAACGAUCAUCAGUUAUCCUCUAGUUGUAUUGAGCGAGAUCCAGGAAAAAGAAAACAGAUAUGUGAAUAUCAUAUUAAUGAACGAGAUGAGAUAAGACGUUCAUAUCUAAAGAUGGGGCCUUAUCAACCAGAUAUGUUGGAGUAUCCGGCUACAAAAUUUGGAAGUCAAAAUCCAUUGGUCAAUGAAGGAUUUGACAAUUGGAAAAGGGUAAAUCAAGGAAAAACAUGUGCAUUUCUUGCACAUAUUGGUUCUGCAGCUUCUUCGCCUCAUACUAUGUGCGAGAGAAAGGCUGAAAAUUUAAUGAGACCCUCGCAACAUAUUGAUAAUGUCAUGCAUGCCCAAUCUAAAGAGGAAAAAGAAAAAAAUCGUUUGCGUUUGCCGACCUCAAUUGUCACUGUUCGCUGGCUAGCUCUUCAAGGGUGUGCCUUUAGAGGUAAUGAUGAAUCUCUAUCUUCAUCUAAUCGUGGGAAUUUUCUUGAAUUAGUAAAGGCUUUUGCAAAAAUGAGUACAGAAAUUGAUGAAGUUGUACUUGAGAAUGCUCCAAAAAAUGCUCAAUAUAUCGCUCCAGAAAUUCAGAAAGAGAUUUUACAUAUUAUGGCUAAUAGAGUACGAAAGAUGGUUCGUGAAAAAGUUAGUGAUAAAUGUUUCUGUAUUCUUGUUGAUGAAGCACGAGAUAUAUCUAAACGAGAGCAAAUGACCAUUAUCUUGAGGUUUGUGAAUAAUUAUGGGGUUUUGACAGAAAGAUUUUUUGCCAUCAAAAGUGUUAGCGAUACUACCUCAUUGAACCUAAAAAAAGAAAUAUCAAAUGUUCUUGUUCAUCAUGACCUACAAGUUAAGAAAAUCAGAGGCCAAGGAUAUGAUAGUGCUAGCAAUAUGCGUGGCGCAUGGAAUGGACUUCAGGCAUUAUUUCUCAAAGAUUGUCCCUAUGCAUACUAUGUCCAUUGCUUUGCCCAUCGAUUACAACUCACAUUAGUUUCUGCAGCCAAGGAUGUCAGUGUUAUUUGGGAAUUCUUUUCUCAUUUGGAUAAUAUAGUAAAUAUUGUUACUUCUGCUACUAAAUGCAUUGCUGAGUUACAUACUGCACAGAGAAUUGAAAUCGAGCAUAUGUUGGCAAUUGGAGAACGUGAUUCUGGAAGUGGGGCUAAUCAGAUUGGUAAUUUGCAGCGAGCGGGAGCUACUCGUUGGAGUUCUCACUAUGACUCAGUAAAAAGCUUGAUAGGUAUGUAUGCUGCAACUUGCAAAGUUUUUGAAGUUCUUAGUGACCAUUCUCCAAAUGGAAGGGCUAAGGCUGAAGUUCGGGGGAUUUAUAGAAACAUGGCAAGUUUUGAAUUUGUGUUCAUUUUGCAUUUAAUGCAUAAAAUUAUGAGAACAACAGAUACUCUUUGUCAAAUUCUUCAAAGAAAAUCUCAAGAUAUUUUGUCUGCUAUUACAUUUGUCUCUACUACCAAAACUAUCCUCCAAGAACUUAGAGAAUGCGGGUGGGAAGAAUUUCUUCAUGAAGUGAAAGUUUUUUGUACGAGAAAUGAAAUUGAUGCGCCUGACCUUGAUUGUCUAUAUAAGAUUGGUCGUUCCCGUCAGCAAACUACAGUUGAACAUCAUUACCACUUUGAUGUUUUUAAUGCAGCAAUAGAUUUUAUCUUGGUGGAGUUAAAUACUCGAUUUAAUGAGUCAUCAGUGGAACUUCUUUCUCUUAGUACCGCUUUAGAUCCUAAAAAUUCGUUUGAAUCAAUUAACACUGAUGAUAUUUGCAAGCUUGCAACGAAGUUUUAUCCUGAAGAUUUCACAAAUCAAGACAUCAUUGCUUUGAAGUAUGAAUUGGUACAUUAUAAACUUGAUGUGAUACAAAAUUUGAAGGCUUCUACACUUGUUGAGUUAUGUCAGCAAUUAACUGAGAGUGGACGGUCAAAGGUUUAUGUUAUGUUGACUAGAUUGAUUCAUCUAGUUUUGACGUUACCUGUUUCUACUGCCACUACUGAGCGAGCCUUUUCAGCAAUGAAGAAUGUGAAGACAGCACUUCGCAAUAAAAUGGAGGAUGAAUUUCUUGAAGAUUGUUUGACACUUUAUAUUGAACGAGAUUUAGCUAAGGAUAUAGAUGUAGAUUCUAUUAUAGAUGAAUUUUAUGUUUUAAAAUCUCGUAGAGCACAACUUUGUUGA